UUGCCACAUGUAAGCUUGUCUCACAUCAUGGCCCUCUCCUUUCAUUAUAGUUCAUCCCCAGCAACGGUAACCAAGCAAAGCAAUGAACUUUCCCUUUAUAUUCUCUCCAUCUCCUCAAACAUUUUUCCAUACAUUCUUUUCUGAAUUUUGGUCUUCACUCUUCAUCAUAUAGUAACCUCAUCACUUCCCUACAAACACAAUUUAAUUAAGUGAUUGAUCACUUGUAAUAGUCCUAGUUCUUAAUGGUCAUGGAGCUUCUUGAUCAUCAUCGUAGGUCUAUAAUAAUCUGCCUCUUGUUGUUGAUUCUGUUCUCAAGACCGUUACAAGGGUACAAAUUCUAUGUUGGUGGGAAAGAUGGUUGGGUUCUGAAUCCUUCUGAGAGUUACAACCAAUGGGCGGAAAGGAACAGGUUCCAAGUCAGUGACACAUUGGUGUUUAAGUACAAGGAGGGAUCAGAGUCAGUGUUGGAGGUGAAGAAAGAAGACUAUGAGAAAUGCAACAAAAAGAAGGCAAUAAAGAAACUAGAGGGGGGAGAUAGUAGUGAGUUCCAAUUUGAUAGGUCAGGUCCAUUCUACUUCAUUAGUGGGAAUGAUGAUAAUUGUGAGAAAGGUCAGAAGCUUAUUGUUGUGGUGUUAGCUCAAAGACCACCACCACCACCUCCUCAAAAUCCACCAAAAUGUCCUCCUCCUUCACCAAUUCAUAAUCCUCCUUAUGUUACACCAACACCACCACAAGCACCUUCCCCUGUUCCACCAUAUGUUACCCCAACUCCACCACAAGCUCCUUCUCCCGGACAUAACAAUCAUCAUCCCAACCCUCCUUAUACCCCAAUAGUCCAAUUAUUCCACCAUAUGUUACUCCAACUCCACCGCAAGCUGCUCCUUCCCCUGGCCAUAAAUCAUCAUCCUAACCCUCCAUACACUCCAAUAGUUCCACCACAAGCAUCUCCUUCCCCCGGCCAUAACAAUCAUCACCCUAACCCUCCAUACACUCCAAUAGUUCCACCACAAGCCGCUCCUUCCCCCGGCCAUAACAAUCAUCAUCCUAACCCUCCAUACACUCCAUAUGUUCCAACACCAGGAACACCAAGAUCAUCACCUUCACCAUAUGUACCAACACCAAUUUCUCAAUCACCUUAUCAUACUCCAUCCCCUGCUCAUAACAAUCAUCAUCCUAAUCCUCCAUAUGUUCCAUCACCAAUUUCUCAAGCUCCUUCCCCUGGUACCAACAACAACCAUUACCCAAACCCACCAAAAACACCAUCACCACUUUCUCAGCCUCCCUAUAGUGCUGCUGCUCCAACACCAACAUCAGCACAACCACCAUACAAUACUUCCCCUGUUUCGCAACCUCCCACCGGCACUGGAACUGCACCCAUAGGCUCACCACAGUACUCUCCAACAGCGCCAUUACCUUCAGUUUCAACUCCAUCACCGGCGUCUGCUACGCCAUCACCUCCCUCACCGUCACCCUCCAUUUCUCCAUCCGCUGCGGCUCCUCUCACUUCCCCUGUUUCGCAACCACCCAUAGGCUCACCACAGUACUCUCCAACAGCGCCAUCACCGGCGUCUGCUACGCUAUCACCACCCUCACCGUCACCCUCCAUUUCUCCAUCAACUGCGACUCCUCUCGCUUCUCCAUCUUCCUCUCCAGGAGCAGCAACUCCUGCAGCCACGCCAGCGUCGUCUUCCAACGAAACGACACCAGCAACGCCAAACGGGAAACCUUCGUCGUCUGGAUGGGCUGCAAAUCCAUCACCAGUUUCGGUUAAUUCAGCCAUCGCUAUUUUCGUCGCUGCUGCACUAAGCACUAUUAUUGCCUAGAUAAUCAUUAAUUAACGAGAGUUAAUUAAUUAAUUAGCGUUCGUAAAUAAUCUUCUGCAUGCUCGUUGUUACUUCUUUUUAAAAGAAUUUUUGGAUAUAUAAUUUGUGAUUUUUUUUUUGGGUAACUAUUGUUAUUUUGGACAUAAUUAAAGAGAUAUAUGUGUAUGUAUAAUGUGCGUUGGAGUUUGAUUAUUUGGAGUGUCGAAUUCUUUGGUGGUUGCAAUAACAUGCAGAUCAUAUAUAAAUUUGGAUUUUUUUUUU